ACACUCUGCUACCCCUUUUCUCUUGAUUGGUUUGCUCUCUCCGUUGCUCGAUACUCCUGCACAUUCCAGAAGGCUGAUUUAGUUGCUUUCGCUUCACCGCUAGAGGUCUGUUGGUGUCUAGUCACUCUUUGAUCCAUAUUUUCUGCACACAUUGCUGGCCAUUCAAAAAUCGCACGCCAUUUUGCUGGCAAAUUCUGCAGUGCCAUUGCGCAGAUCGGAGUUGAGUGAAGGCCAAGGGCUAGCCCAAUGAAAGAUUAGCCCGGCAGCUCCUACCUCGGUAAAAGGCUCUGCGAGUAUGCACUUGAUUCAAGCCGAAAGCUCGAUGUCGGACGUGUAUGCCGAUCAAGACUACAUCAAUGCGACAAAAGGGCUGAUGAUGUAUGAGGGCCAUCAUCGUUGGAGUGUCGAAACUCUCUUCUCGUGGGACAGCGAUGCGAGGAAGGAGCAGAUCGAUUCGAACUCGCCAGCAGAAACUCUUUCCAGCAAGCUGAUGAAACAAAGACUCGGGAAUUUGAGCCAACAGUUUGCUAAGAGGGAUGCGAACCAGGACCAGAAGUCAUGGGCCAGCGUUUUCUUUCGGGAGAGGCUUGUGAAAUCUUUUAGGAGCAGACUGUUACCAACCCAAGAGGCACCCAUUCUUUCUUUGAAGCAGGGCCCAUGGGAGAUCCUCGGAGCUCCGCAAGAGGACAAGUUGUCUUCGAUGCAACAAGUCCAUCCCGUCUUCUCUCUGAAGAGAUCUCAACCGUUUGACACGAGCAAGGGUGUUGUUUGCCUUCGAAAGAACGGAAUAGACUUCACUUACUCCAUAGAAACGGGUCGGGACAGCUCGCGACAGAAAGCCCCUCUGAAUUGCCGUGAUGUGAGUGUUGGCAACUCUUCAGGGGAUGAGACUCUGCUUAAGGACUCUGCGCGCCAUCCGUUUGGGGGAAGGAAAGGGGCCAGGGCACGGAUGUUUGUGGGGAUUCUCGAGUCAUUAUUCCGCCUGAGAAUGCGGGGGGGUUUCUAGUUGUUGUUUCGUUCUCAGUGCAUGUGGCGUUGUAUUUUAUGGAAGUAAAGGCAUGAUAAUAGUG